UGGUCGUGAUGCACAGUGGAAUGUUUCUUAGAUCUUUGAUUUUAUUUUUCAUUAGCAUGACUUAUUUUCGGCCCAACAUGGGUAAUGUUUUGAUAAGACGAGAUAACGACGAAACUGAAUACACGAAUUUUACAACAUAUGUGGAGAACAGCUGUCUUGAGGUAUUUUCAUGUCCUAAAACCUCAAUAGAUGCUACAGACCAAGAAGGCAACUUUUUCCUCAGAGAAAAUUUUUUCACCGAUUAUUGCAAAUAUACACAGGAACUCCUUGAUUGUGCAAAAGAACUUGAUAUUUUUAACGACACAGACUGUGCUGAUCAAAGAAAGUUUUUGUCCAUUUUUACAACUACAGAAACAAGCCUUUGUAUAAAUCCUAUAUACCCACUGAUACAAGAGUUGCGACCAUGUCUUAACAGUAUAUUCAUGAAGCUUGAUAACUAUUCCCAAAUAUUACGACCCCUGAUGAAACCUGCAGACCACGAUUUCACAACAAAUAAUUUGUCCAAAGAGUCUUUCUGCACAACAUACGAUCAGAUUUUGGAUGAAACAGUCAAAGAAUUCAGAAGUUGUCCUCUCAGCAGCGUUCAAUGGACAUCACAGAAUAUCAAACUCCUUCGGAAAAAUUACUAUCCAAUUGUGACUGGGAAAACACCACCAUUCCAAUGCAGCGACUCUGAUUCAUGAAAAACCUUAUAACGAAAAUUGAAUCAUAUUUCAAUAAACAAGAAUAAAAAAAAGAAGAAAAAAAAACUUGAGAUUUAUGCAUUAUUUUGAAACUAAUCAUUGUUCUAUAAUCCAGAAUCCCUCCGAAACAGAAAAUCGAUAUUUCUGAUUUUUGAUUUAGUUAUUUACAUAAUAUGUAAUUAUAAAUGACAUUUGUAAACAUGCCAUAUAGAUU